AUGAAAUACGAAGAUAUUAAUGAUAUUAAUGAAACUGCUGUAAUUAUCAAGAAUGGAGGAUAUUUGUCAGAUGUUUUCUUAAUUCUACAGGAAUAUCUUGGAUUCAACUUGAAGAUAAGUGAACUUAGUUUUGGAGGACUUAAAUUACGUAAUUCUUGGAUAGGCCGCAUCGGAUUUAUUCAAAGAAACGAAUCGGAUCUAGCAUUGCCAUUAGGAAUUACCUACGAUAAACUCGAAGCAAUAGAUUACAGCGAUGUUAUAGAUGUUUCGAGAGUAAGAUUUUUUACAUCUAAACCCAACGAAUUAUCUAAAAUGUUGGCCGUAAUAUUUCCUUUUGGCCUAUGGAUAUGGAUAGCCCUGAUGAUCACAUUCAUUCUUACUGGAUUAUGUUUCUACUUGAUCUUAAAUUGGAAUUCAAGGAGAAACGAGACAAAACACGUUAAACUAUAUGAUAUAUUCUGGGCGAUUUUUGGAUCAUUUUCGAAUAAAGGCAGCUCGUUAUUUGAAGUUAGUGGAUACUGCAGAAUAAUGGUUUUCGGUUGGUUAAUCGCAAUGUUUAUUAUAGUAUCCAGUUACAGUGGCGCUCUCAUGUCCUUUCUUGCUUUCACCGGUUAUGAAUAUGUGCCUGAAACGUUUCCUGAAUUGAUAAAAGAAAUGAAAAACGGACAUUAUACAGCGUCUUAUAUAUAUAAUAUGGAUCUAGUCGAGCGCAUUAAGCUUGCAACACAAGAGACGCCUUUAAUAUUGGCGCUUAAAAAAUUAAGAACAGAAGAUAAACUUAUGAAUUGGAUGGAUUGUUGUACGUAA